UUAAAGCACGCAGGACUUUGUUCAGGAAUUUGCUGUCACUUACGGGAUGGACUGAAAGCUUUUUUGAGGGGGUUGGACUUUUUCCUUUAUAAACACAGUCUACAGAACCGACAGCUUCCUUAAAAGUAAUUGCCUUGGAUUUGUGUUGAACUGCUAACGUUGCUUUAGUGAAGCACAAAAUGCAUUUUAGGAACCUUAAUUACAGUUUUGGUUCCCUAAUUGCCUAUGUGGCAGACAGCGAUGUCUUCAAUCAAAUUGAAAUGAGGGCCAAAUUUGAAUCUCUCUUUAGAACAUAUGACAAAGAUAUCACCUUUCAGUAUUUUAAGAGCUUCAAAAGAGUACGAAUAAACUUCAGCAACCCUUUAUCAGCAGCAGAUGCUAGAAUCCAGCUACAUAAGACAGAAUUUCUUGGAAAGGAAAUAAAACUGUAUUUUGCUCAGACUUUGCACAUUGGAAGCUCGCGUUUGGCUCCACCAAAACCAGAGAAACAGUUUUUGAUUUCACCUCCAGCCUCUCCUCCUGUUGGUUGGAAACAAGUAGAAGAUGCUACACCAGUCAUUAACUAUGAUCUUCUCUAUGCUAUCUCCAAGCUAGGGCCAGGAGAAAAAUAUGAACUCCAUGCUGCAACUGACACUACUCCCAGUGUUGUUGUCCAUGUAUGUGAGAGUGACCAGGAAAAUGAAGUGGAGGAAGAAGAGGAAGGCAUGAAGAAACCCAAACCAAAAAUUAUUCAGACAAGAAGGCCAGAGUAUACUUCUACUCAUUUAAGCUGAAGUGGUUCUAACUUUCAAGGGUUUCAAGUAGACGUAUACAAGAAAAAUGCUUACUAUGGAAGUGUGAGGUCACAAUUCUGGUGGCAGUGGCUGCAGCAGUAGUAGGAUUAAUUCCAGUGUAAUGUUACUCAGAAACACACCGGAAGUUUCCUCAUUGUUUUUAAUGCUGCACAUUGGUUAAUAUAUAUGGAACCUAGAAUCAACUUCCAGAUCAGAGUUAGGGUGAUCAGAAAAAGGCAUUUUGAGAAAGAAUUGAUCACUGAAGAUACCUUCUUUUUAAGGAAUCCUAGGCUGCUUCAUUAUAAAACAGAUGGGGAAAGCUUUCUUUGUUCUGUCUCACAUGAUACACCUCUAGUUCAUAGGCUAAACAUAUGUGAAGUACAUGUGAUACUGAGAUGGUUUAAAGAUUUGGGAAUUGUAAACAUUUUUCUUAUGUUAGGUUGUUUUGUGCAUGUGUAUUACUGAUGUUCAAAAAUAACUUUGCAUUAUUUUCUAUAUAGUUUCUCACUUCACGCUUUUUGAAAUCUGGGAAGUUGUCUUCAAUACUUAUCUCUCAGCAUCCUGGGUCUCUUACUGUAUGUAUGUUUUAUUGGUACCCAGUUUCCAGUGGACAUACAAUUCAUGUAGCACCUUAUUUUGGUGCAAUAUAAUUCGUGUUUUUAAAAUUUUAAUCUGUUAUUAAAUGCUUAUGUGGGGUUUUGUCUAGUAAAGUUAUGGAAAAAAUUGUGCAAUAGGAAAAUUGUUCAAGUAAGUGGAUUUUAAAUUAUUUAAACUAAGUUAUGUUUUUAAGUAAUACUGAUUCAAUUAUUUUGAUUUUCUCCUUUUGAAAAACAAAAUUCUUAAACAUGUAAAUAAAAUUGUACUGUAUAUUCACAGCAAUGUACAGUUUUCAGUGAGAAGUAUGGCAAUGGAACAAAAACCUGAGCUGUAUUACUCUUUACAUUAACUUGUACGUUUUAACUGGUGAAGUUACACAUUUUAACAGUGAUUCAACACACAUGAUGUGAAAUAGAUGACAGAUGUGUGGUAUAUUUGAGAGGGAUGGAGUGCCUUUUCCCCAUUAAUUUGUGAUGGGAUUGUUAUACGAGCUGAACUCUUGUAUUUUUUCUAAUAGCCGUGACUGUCCAAUAAGUAUGUAUUCUCUUUUGGCUUUGUUUCCAAAACAGGCUGGCAUCUAGAAAUGCCUAGUACCGUGUAAUAGUGCAUGCUUUACCAGUUCAGGUGAUGGCUUGCUGUGGGAACAGACAAGCUUUCAUUCUGUUUGGUUUGGGUACUGUUUUAAGGACAGUGGUGAAUGAUGUACAGGCUUUCUGUCAUGUUUACAUAACAAACAAAUACAUGCUAUACCAGUUCAAGUAUUUCCAAGAAUCUGCUUUUAAAGUGGAGAUUCUAACUUUGAAAUAUUUUAUUCCUUUUUAAAAAUACACUAAUAUAUUGACAAAAUAUACUGUUGUGGGAGGACGUGUUUCUCUUUUAGAGGAAGUAUUUGGGGGGGUUCAGACAUCUUUUUAGAAAUAAAGACCUUGAUCCUCUUUUUGAAGUCAGUGAGAACUUUGCCAUUAGCUUCAUUAGUAAUAGGACUAGGCUCGGGAUUAGCGUUGUAGCUGUUAUUGCAUUAAAAUGAUAUGCAUUAUUAUGUGCCAUUUGUGGUUAAUGUUGACUUGGAGGCCCAACAUAAUACACUUUUGGGUAGAAAUAGAACAAAUAUUAUAAAGAAUACAAUACUGUAUGUACUGAUGAACUUGUACAAUCAUUCCAACUGAUAAUACAGUAUAGACUCCACACUACUAAAAACCUACUAUUGUGCUGACCAAGACACACAAUGUUAUUGUGACCAAAGAGAACAGAAACCUGUUAAACCUCAGUAAUAGUCUGAACUUGUAGGGCUUUAUUCUGAUGGAUUAGACUUACAGUACAUAUGCAUGCACACAGACUGAUGCUGACUUUUGGUUCCUAUCUGUGCAAGAGAGAGAGAGAUGCACUCCCCGUGUAUGUUAUGCUAUUUGAUACAAAGUUUGCAGGUGUAGAAUGUCACCCAGCAUAGCUUUAGGUCAGGCUGUGUUUUACUGCUGAUUUCAUAUAGUGUAUAAAUGCAGGGGCACAUGAGCUACUUUUGUGUUAUUGAAGUGUAAACAUCAGACUGCAAUGCAUGACAUUUUGUUCUUUUUAAGUGCAGGAUACAAUGACCAAACUAGAGAAUCAUCGAAGUACACAAAUGUCUCUAGUAUAGCUUUCUAACACUGCUGCUAGAUCUGAUGCAGAUGUUUUAUAUUUGCCCUUCAUUCAGCACAAAAUCUUUGGCCCAAUUUCUGUAACAUUCUCCUCCACCUCCUCUUCUGCUACCAGCAUAGACCCCAGACAGUGGGUGCUGUUACUGUUGCCUCUAUGGGACUGCCAAGAAGCAUCACUUAUCUUCAAUGGAAAAGAGAAUGUAAAACAAACAGUGACAUGAUUUUGAAUGUUGGUACACCCUGAGACAUUUCUGCAUGAUGGAGUUUGAAGGUAGUCAUUCAGAAUCAGAACUAUGAAUGAUUUGGGCUGGCUGCAGUGUCUGCCACUCCCAGCUGCAUUUGUGAACAUGGAUUUCUGGACGGUAGCUGUCCAUCUUGCUGUCUGGCCCCAGGUUGUGUAUCCUGGCCUAUGUCUGUUCUCUCACCACCAAUGUGGUGUAUGGGUCACUCUGUUUCUGUAUGAAAAUAACAGCUGUUAUGUUAAGACAAACUGGUAUUUUAUAAGAUUGUAUAGUAUGGGACGUUUAAAUUAAAAUAUUUGGAUUGUCUACUUAUAAA